UCAUUAAACUACAGGAAAAUAUUAAAUUAAAUGUGAUAUAAUGUGAAGUGCAUAUAUUUUUCAACGAUCCUCUUGGAUAAUCUGUAAUUCACGUUUACGGCAAUAUGGGAAGUUGUUGUUGUAAAAAUAAUCGACGAGCACCAUCUAUUCAAAUCCUUCACCAUAUUGAAAAAAACACUUUAGAUGCCGGAUUGGACAAUCAAACUGACGAAGAUAAAAGGCUUCUAAAUGCAACCAUAGACAGAAACAAACAUGUAACAAAUCAGAGUUCCCCGUCAUUAUAUCCAACGAACAAAAAAUCAGCAUCAACAUCUGAAGUAAACAAUACGUCUCCGAAACGAACCGUGGUAGGAUUGUACGAUUAUGAGGCUAAGGAUCAUAUGGAUAUAUCAUUUAAAAGAGGUGACCAAAUGUUGGUACUUGAAGACUCAGAGGAUUGGUUUUUAGUCAGACAUUUAAUCUCAUUAAAAGAAGGAUACAUUCCUGGAAACUAUGUGGCCAAUGUCCAUGCCAUUGAGAGUGAAGAAUGGUUUUUUGGAGAAACAUCCCGCGUGGAAGCUGAAACUUAUCUGCUAGACAAGUCGGUCGGACCAGGCACCUUUCUGGUUAGGAAAUCUGAACAUGAUCCGAAUGGUUAUUCAUUGUCAAUUAGAGACGAUGAUAGUCAUAGGGGAGCCCACGUCAAACAUUACAAAAUCAAAUUUAAUAAUGGAACAUUUUCGGUUGUUAAAGACGUCAAUUUUAAUACUCUUCAAAGUUUAAUUCAGAACUAUAGAGAGAACAAUCUGGGAAGGUUAUCGCUGUUACAACCGUGCAAGAAAGUAGAACCAAUUUUAUGGGAUUUGGGACCAUCAAAUAGGGACAAUUGGGAAAUAAAACGAGAGGAAAUUGUUUUAAAAAAACUGUUGGGAAAAGGUAAUUUUGGCGAAGUAUACCUAGGACAAUGGAGAAAAGUUCAAGUUGCGGUGAAAACCAUGCGCAACACCAGUUCCGCGACUACUGAAGAAUUCAUGGCGGAGGCAGCACUUAUGCGACAGUUCAAACAUCCGAAGAUCGUCGCCCUGUUUGGUGUGUGCACUAAGGAUGGACCGAUUUACAUAGUUCAGGAAUAUAUGUCGAAAGGUUGUCUACUAACUUGGUUGAAAUCGAACAAGGAAACAAGUAUUAAAUUAGCCGACUUGAUUUACAUCUGUUUUCAAGUUGCUUCUGGCAUGAAACAUAUGGAAAGCUUAAACCUCAUUCACCGCGAUUUAGCUGCAAGAAAUGUGUUAUUGGGUGAUAACAACGUUGCCAAAAUUGGAGAUUUUGGUUUGGCCAGAUUAAUCAACGAAGGCCAGUAUUGUUCUACCUCAAAAGUCAAAUUACCAGUGAAGUGGACUGCAAUUGAGGCGAUUUUAUACGGCAAGUUCUCAGUCAAAUCUGAUGUCUGGUCCUAUGGCAUCCUCUUGAUGGAAAUAUUCACGUACGGGCAGCCGCCUUAUGGUAAAAUGAUGGCAAUGGAUAUCAUCCAAAAAUUAAAUAACGGUUACAGGAUGCCGAAACCUAUUGGGUACAAUUUACCAGAUGAUAUUUAUGAGAAGAUGUUGAACUGUUGGGAUGCAGAACCUGAGAGAAGACCUACGUUUGAACAUCUUACCGAGUAUUUCGAAUUCUAUAACGUAUCAUCGGAAAUGCACUAUCGGGAGGUCAUCUAAUUGAGAAUUAUAGGAACGAAAUCGAAAAAAUAAAGCAAUUAUUGCUAAAUUGAAAUUAAGUUGCAAAAUUACUGCAUAAACAACAAAAAUUUUGCAAGUACAAUAAAAACACUCUAAUUUUAGAAACAAACAAUAAAUUGUUGUCUCAACAGGAAAGAUAUAUCAUCACAAAUAAUCUCAUUUCCUCAUUCAUAUUCAAUGUCGUCAAGAGAAAAAACUUGUCCAACAUAUAAUUUAUGUAUAUAACUAUUUAUUAAACAGUUAAUAAAAGGCAUUUUACAAAUUUGAA